AUGAGAUGGCGUACUGACGCUACACAGGUGAUGGAGCACUGCAUAGCCCUGGGCUUUCAGCAGCCUACGAGUUUUUUUGUUCCCAUUGUGGAGGCCCUAUCCAAGGAGCCGAAGUACUCGAGGACUAGUAAAAAGCUGCGGGAGAUGCUUCGGAAGAUUCAGAAGGAGUCCCAGAGGGAUCGUUCAACUUACCAAGAGCUUGCAUGA